AUUUUCAGACAUGUUGUUUGCAAACUAUGAGCAGAGCUCAUAGUCAUAUUACGCACACAUUCUCAAAUGUCAUUCGUAACUUUAGACACGUCUUUUUUCAACCAAGAUUGAAAAAUCAUGAUGGCUGGAAUUGAGAAUCAUGACCGAGAGCAACCCAGGGUUGAAAAGGUUGUCAUAGUCCAUGCAGGAGAGGAUCUGGACAAGACUAUACGACCCCUGGCAUCCAUCUUAGAACAGCGCCUCAAACUGGGCGAACAAGCAGAUUACAAGAGGAAUUUCAGACCAGGAACAGAUGUUGCUGAUUAUAUACGAAAAGCGAUGCUUGAAGACCAUCCAGAGGAACACACACGACUGGUCGUAGUCCUCAGUGAAAUUUUUGUCGCAAAGUAUGCAACCAGCCCAUCAGCUUUCCGUGAAAUAAAGAGCAAGCUCCUAUCUCGACCCAGCACCAAUUCAAAGUUUGCCGUGGUUUGUCCGAGCGCUCUGCCGGCACAGUUGGCCGGUCUAAGAUGCAUCAUCUUGGACAACUUUGUCAAUAAUAUGGAGGGGGGCAAUGUGGCUGAGGCCAUCUUCAAGGAGUGGUUUGGCCCUCAGGCCACCCUGGCAUCCCAGGCACAGCUGAGCAUGCAGAACCUGCCCCUAACUUCUCAUGCUGCUGAAGAAUUCACUCUGGACAAAGUGAAGAUAAUCCAUGCAAUGACCAGACCAGAGCAUCGACAGAGGUACUGGGGAAAGAUCGGCUCUGCGAUUGAGGACGUUGCCAAUCCUGAAAACACAACUCAAGCAAGACUGCACUUCAGGCAAAGCAGUGUGGCACAGACGGUACUUGGGGACGUGGAAGGCUUCAGGAGGUGUGCUGAAAUAAAGAAGAUCAACGCUGUGGUGAUUUGGUGCUCUAACAUGCUUGCCUCCCUCAAUCAAGAUCCAGCAGCUAAGGCAAAGGUCAUCGAAAUGCUGUGCAACGACACCCAGCCCAAGAAACUGUUUGCCCACUUCCUGUUUGGUGUGGAGAGGCAGCAGAUGCAGCGAUUCUCCCAGCAGUUCUGGACGUUCCUGGCCAUCCACAAACACAUGGCCUACAUUGAUGCCGCACAGCUAGAAGCACCCAACGUGGACUACAAUCCUUAUGCCAGCAUCUUUCUGAGAAGCUGGGCAGGCUCAAGAGAGCCGAAGAGCCCAGAGGAGUCCUUAGACCCAACCAUGACCUCCUUGGAAGAUAUUUCUCAAACCACGUCAGGCUCGACUCGGCGCCACUCCGAUCAGUUCCAACCCCAGCAGAACCAGAACGGGCAUCACCUGGUCAUGAACGGCGACUCCCUGGACCAGAACGAAGUAAACCGCACCCAGCAGACGGGCAAAGCUCUGCGGUCGGCCGACUCCUCCACGAAGGAUCGGCUACUCACUGACGGUGAGUCCUGGGACCUCGGGCUCGUGGCCUCGGCCAACAAGUCCCGGGAGUCACAGUCUGACGGAUGCUCCAACCCACCGGGGAACUGGAGUCUCUGCAGUCCCAGAGGGGAGCCGGGGGCUGACCCGGGGCAACAGCAGGGCCCAGUCCAGCAGCCCAUGCCGGGAUCCAGGGGCCAGAACCGGCUGGCCACCUGCGGUAUACAGUCCGUCUCUGUGGAUAGCCAGUUUGGGCACAUGCAGGUUCCUGCUUCAGGCCCACAAGGCGUAGCCCACCGAGGUGCAGUCUCGCUACCCCCUGGGUCAGUGCCAGGAUCCCUAGCCGGGGAUCAGCGCAUCACGGCACAGCCCCACCAGCCGGUCAGCAGAGCCAAUUCAGGCCAGAACAAGUUUGCCCCAAGUGGGUUCCAGUCGCAGGCUAUCGACAGCCUGAGAUCUAACGCUUCCUCUACGGGCCAAGAACCGACCAGCCGGGCUGCAUCAGAUGCGACGGGUACCGUUGGCGGCAAUGUGUCUGGUUCAUCUGAGCCGGCCAUGCGUCACGGAGAUAGUACCCUGUCCCUGCAGCAGAACCCCGUCCGGCUCUCGUCCGACGCAGCCCAAGAGUUGGAUGUGGAGAUGAGCUUGUGUACUGUGGGUUUUCCGUCUGUUGGAAACCAGAGCAUGCAUGGGCAGGACAGAGCAUCUGCAUUGACAAGUAAUCGGCAGAGUUUUCCAUCAAUGGGACAACAGAGUGCACAAGACCAGGACACUGCGUCUGUAAUGAGCACUUCUCAGAGCAUGCCUGAAAUGUCCCCUGCAUCCAGCGUCCCAAGUUCUGAAUUACAGUCGGUUGCAGAAGGAGCCAACCCAAUGCAGAAUGGUGAAAGCAGCCUCCCCUCCGCCCAGGCUGAGACGGACCAAGAAGCCGCAGGCCCGGUGCCCUCCAUCACCUUCCCCAAGCCAGUCAUGCGAGGCCUGGAGCUCCGUCUGGACCCCAUCAAGUCGGCCAUCUCGGACUGGCGGGACCUGGCCAGCCAGUUCAAGGUACCCAGUGAGCUCAUCACUUACUGGAAGGGCAUGAUGUCCACCCAGGGCAACAGCUCGCCGACGGAGAACCUGAUUGAGUGGCUGAAUUCCGAGAACAAGGCGGUGACAGUGGAGGACUUUAAGGAUGCCUUAAGGGUGAUCGUCCGAUUCGACGUCCUAAAAUACUUGACUGAGAAGGGCUAUUAAAGAUGCGCUCCCUGGGCUAUUUUCGAGUUUCAGCUCGAAAAGUAGAUUCCUUUUCCAAAUUGCUAUUUUUCUAGCAAUGCAAAAGUUAUUCAGUUCUGAAUGAGGCAUCGACCGAGAAAAUCAGCCCAUGUUCAGUUAUUGAAUUAUUACUUUACAAUUCGGGUGAUUCACAAUAAAGUGCGCCACCAAGAGUUUGCCACGGAAAGUUCAUUUUUCCCAG